CACACAUUAUCGACCACCAUCACUGCUUGUACUCACUAGGAGACAGACAAUAACAGCAUAGUCACUCCAAGUUAUACUCUCUGUCAUGGCUUUUCUUCUAACAGUAUUGGUGUACACUCAUAUUGCGCCAAUACAUGGAAUUUCGUGUCCACAACUCACUUUUAUCUUUUAUUCUGCCAGCAUCAUUUCACUUUCACCAGCCAGCAUUGUUUUACCAGUCUUCACUUUCUACGUCACCAUCAUUUCACCCCAGUUCAGCUCAGUACAGUUAUGUCCCUGUGUGGAUACAGAUUAGGAUCAUUAUUGCUGCCAGCAGUGUCUGUCAUGGAAUUUCGGUCAACAG